AUGGCUGCCAUUACCGCCAGUAACCUACCUACACUCGACAUUGCCCAUUCUAAAUCCUCUGCAUCUCCAACAUCUCCAACUGCCCGCUCUUCGCAUACAGACAAUCAACUCACAAACUCCCGCUCUUUCAUCAACAUAACCUCACCCCGAACACAAGUCUCCUCGUUCCCAGUAACACCAAUGUCGGGUAUCGGCGCCAGCUCCAUUCUCGACCCGCCCCCAGGCUCCACCUUUUCAGAUUUCUUGCGCACCUGGAAUGAUGCCCAUGUCGCACGAUGGCUUGCAGAUACAAAGUGCAGUACACAUAUCGGCACCUUCAAAAAUAAUGAUAUUCGUGGUGAUAUCUUAUUAGAGCUAGACCAGGAUACCCUCAAAGAGAUGGGCAUUGCAAGUAUUGGAGACAGGCUCCGCAUCGUGAAUGGUGUCAAGAAUUUGAGGUCCAAAUGUUCACCGCGGAAUACACUUCCUUCCGUAUCUGCCAUCGCCCACACGAGGGCCUUCAUGGGUUCUAUCGACGCCCGCCACCUCGAAUCUCCAAGAGAGCCUCCCAGAACAAAUGGCGCCGAUCACUCACAUUCACGCACAAGCUCACGGGAAGUGUGCGGCUCCAGAGAUCCCUCGCCCUCAUCUCGCACCCACAAGCGUCUCGAUAGCAACAGACCUGCUCCACUCGUGUUAUCUCCCAGUUCAGGACGUCCUGAUCUUCCCCGCAUCAUUCGAGAACCUCAGUCGGGUGACUCCAUACGCAACACUCCCACCAUCCGCCCACUCCCCCAAAUUGGCCCGCCCCCGCAAUCCACCACACCAAACAGCUACACUCCUCGCCCUUUGUUGCCACCCCUUCCUCCCGCACCAAGGGGACAACCACCUCAGCCCCCACGCGGAAACUCACGCACCGUCGUCGGCCCACGUACCCGCGCGCCCAACCAAACAGACGCAACCAACUACGCCAACUCAACCCUCCCACCAGCCCCUACCCCCACCCCCUCCAACAUGCUCACAACCCCAACUCAGUCUAACAGCCGGUCCUUUGGCUUACCCCCAGAUCCCCGAUCAGGCCCAUCCCCAAUCAAACCUUCCAUUCCAUCACCAUCUCCCCUAUCGCGAUCAUCCCAACGUUCCGCCAACGUUGCGCAUAACAGGAAUAUAUCUUUUAAUGGCAUUUCCUCCCCUCUUGCGCCUACGCCCCCCAAUACGAAACUUCCUCCCAGGCCGUCGACGACUGGAACGAGUGCUCAUCCGUAUGCGUCUGUGCAAGCACCUGGAUCCUUGCAGGCCCCCGCUCAGAACGGCAUUGCGCUUUCCCCUAUUGUCGAGUCAUUCCAGGGGCAAGCCUCAAAUUCAUCAUCAGGAUCGUCGUCACCCCCAGCAUUUGCAGUCGGACGUGGUCCGUUUAACCCUCCCGCUCAGAAUACCGCAUUGGAUACCCUCCGUCGUAAAUUGGUUAGAUUUUCCAUGCCAGAAGAACAGCGGUAUUAUACCGUUGAUGUCGCUGAUUGCGCGGGCGGUAUUGAGGUGUUGGAGAAGGUACUCAAGAAAGCCGACAAGGUGGGCUCUUCGCGGAGGAACGACGUCAUGAGCCGCGUCGAGACAGAUGAUGGUGGACUCAGCGUAGACGGAUGGUCCGUAUAUCUCGACUGGGACGAGACCAACGACUCAGGUUUUAUUCCUCUGUCUCUUAUAUUUCUUUCAAAUUCUGACAUCUAUAUCCAAGGGAAACCACUCUCCGAAGCAGAACUACUAGCAGUAUGCCACAGCUCCUCCGAUGACCCAGUCAAAGAACGCGGCCUAACACUCCGCAAAAGCGGACGCACAAAACGUUCUAAAGAUCUCCAGCGAAUAUUCGGAGAAAACCCUCCCCGAAACAUCAGUCCCACUUCUCCCGGCAUCCAACCAAGGCCUUCUGAGUCCGACCAUGAGCUUGAUGCUGACAUAAUCCUAAGUAUCGAUGAUUCACAGGGCCAGAAAGCACGCGCCAUUAAACGGGCAAGUACUAUCAGCGUCCUCAGCGGCCUUGGCGUGCGCGACCCGGAAAAAGCUCUCGAUCCUAAUACAUCGCCUACGCUUGGCCAGCCGAAACACCCGCUCCCAUCUGUAAAUUCCGGCAAGAAGCCUUCAAAGCUGCGCAACUUCUUCGGCCAGCGUCCGCCGAGCGAGCUGAUCACGACACACUUGACGGAAUACUUCCCGUUCACGGACAGGAAAAUGUUGCGAAAUGCGCGGCACAGCAUGAUGCUUCGGGCUUCGAGCGUAAGUGGAGAGAAGAGGCACAGCACGGUAUCCCUCACUCCACCCCUUCCUUCGCGAUUCAGCACGAGCACGCAAGGUUCAGGAUCGGCACAACGCUCGAUGUCACCCUCGCGAACACUGUCUUCUAAAAGGAACUCUACCAUUUCUACUAGUUCGACGAUACCAGACACGCGGUCUCUGGCAGCACCUUCGAUUGGUGAGGACCCUCCACGAGUGUCGAUAUCCACUGAAGACGGACGAUCGGUGAUCUUGACUGGAGAUGACGUUGAGAAGCUCUCUUCUUCGUACGAUUCGAAACCGCAAUUACUCCCUCCUGUGACGUUCCCUUCGAUAUCGCUUUCGGAGUCCAUGGAAGACCUUACUGGUCCUCUCCGCCCGAGGUCGAACUCGAAUGCGUCUAAACGGAUGAGUUUCAUGACUGAGUUGAGGAGCAAGCGUGAUCGGUCGGAUACUGCCAGUUUAUUGACUGUGGAUGAGAUCACUGCUGAGGUGGAGAAUCGGAGACAGAGUAUGGCGGUUGACAUGGGCGUUGAAGGCGCUGAAGACUGGACGAAGGUGGAACCUGAUAUCGAUGAUGUCAUUAGUCUUUCGGAGGGCGAUACCGUGCUCGAGGAGGAGGACGAUGAUGAAGACGAGAGCGAGGAUGUUGAAGAGGAAGACGAAACUGGCCAGGCGAUGAAUUCCAGCGGUGGCAAGUGGAUUAAGGGCGCACUUAUCGGCGCUGGGUCAUUUGGAAAAGUCUAUCUGGGCAUGGAUGCUGUAAACGGUCUUCUGAUGGCGGUGAAGCAAGUGGAGCUACCAAGAGGGUCGGCUCCAAAUGAGGAGCGCAAGAAGAAUAUGCUCAGUGCCCUGGAGCGGGAGAUCGACCUUCUCAAAGAUCUGUCGCACCCAAAUAUCGUCCAAUACCUCUAUUCUUCUGUCGACGAUGAUUUUCUCAACAUCUUUUUGGAAUACGUCCCUGGAGGUUCCGUCACUGCAUUGUUGCGUAGCUACGGCGCCUUCGAGGAACCCCUCGUCAAGAACUUUGUAAGGCAAAUCUUGCAGGGUCUCAACUAUCUCCACGAACGAGACAUCAUACACCGCGAUAUCAAGGGUGCCAACAUUCUCGUUGACAACAAAGGUGGCAUCAAGAUCUCAGACUUUGGCAUCUCGAAGAAAGUUGACGGCAACCUUCUCACAGGAAAAAGAAUGAACCGACCGUCAUUGCAAGGGUCGGUGUUCUGGAUGGCACCGGAGGUAGUGAAACAGACGGCACAUACAUCGGCUGCCGAUAUCUGGAGUGUGGGAUGCUUGGUUGUCGAGAUGUUGACCGGUGAACACCCGUGGGCACAACUUACCCAGAUGCAGGCGAUCUUCAAGAUUGGUCAAUCCGCGAAACCUGCUAUACCAUCAGAUAUUUCUUCAGAGGCUCAGGACUUCCUUACGAAGACGUUUGAUCUCAAUCAUUCAGCUCGUCCAAGCGCUGGUGGGCUGCUUCAGCACUCUUGGCUUGCUGUCAAGAAGCAAACAGGAUUUUCGAGCAAGAACGCGGCGCUCAAGUCUAUUCCAACUAUCGAGAUCUCGGCAUGA